UUGAGCUCAGUGUUCAAGUGUCUUUCGUUUGAGAUGUAUCUAACUCGAGCGAUGGUUCCUUUAUCGGUAUCGAUUAUCCUUUUUGCAACUGCAGUGGUUUCUUUGGCGAGCGAUAUAUCUUCGAAGAUCGAUCUUGAUUCGGAAGAGAAACCAAGUCUGCCAAGCACUUUGAGCACUUCGGUUCUUAAGGCUUUUGUCGACUUGAACCAGGGUGCAGGAGCGGGGCCAAAGUCACCAGGAUUCACCCUGAACGAACGGCUGGGAGAAUUCGGGGCACAAAUUGGAAAGCCAAAAGAUGAUUUUAUAAGCAUCGAGCAACUUUUUCAAAAUAAAAAAAGACAAGAGAGACCUUUCGAUUUGGGAUACGAUAUUCCAUCUAUGGGUAAACCGACAGUUGUGAAUAAUAUUCACAUUAUUGUUAAUGGCAACGAAACAGGUUCCGGUGAGAAUGCCUGUAAAAACGGCGUUUGCAACGUACGAGUAACUACGAAUCCGGAUGCCGAUGGAAAUUUGGUGACUGACGUACAUUUGAGUGUCGUGACAAAAAUAAAAAAAAAUACAAAAAUCGACGACGUGCCGGUCAUCGACGGAAUUCGGAAUCCCGGAAAUUACGAGCAGGUUCCUGCCUUUCAUUUUUUCGAGCAGCCACUUCCGCUUCAUCCUCAUUACUUUGACAAUAACAUCCCUCAGGUUCCCAUUCACAGACAGGACUCUCCUGAUUUCGACUCCUGGUAUCAUCUGCCAAAAAUUUAUCUGACACCGCAAGAGUCCUGGCACCGCGCCCGCAAUUUGGAACACCCUUUCAAAGGGCCACAGACAGCUGGCAGAACAUGGACGACAAGGAGGGUCCUGGUGGAUGAUAAAAUAGAGCCACCCCUUAGCAAGACCAAGAGCAGCCAGGAGUAAAAUACGAAUGGAUCGUUUUCAGGGUAAAUGAACAAAAUACUUUUUGUUCUAUCGCGAUGGAGCUAAUCCCUUAUGUGAAUUUGGGGGUCGGAGUAAUAGGAAGUGGAAAGAAAUGGGAAGGCAGAUGGAAUCUCUUUCAAGAAUCGGGGGGUGGUUACGCUUGGGUACUCUCUGGCAAAGGGAUGGUUUAAUUAUGAGGUACAGGGCUGGAAAAAGCAUACGGACUUCAUUCUCUUUAACAUUCUAAUUUAUCGAGUGACUACCCUGUUUUCUGGAAACUGACAGGAAAUGGGCUGCAGAACUUUACGUCUUUCCUCAUACUCAAAGUUACAUACUAGAGAGUGUAGAAAAUGGGCAGGGCACGGGUAGGGGCAAGGGGAAUAUUUUUUUUGAAAAAUAUAUUAUUUUACAUAAUAAAUUAGUAAAAAAAAAAAAGAAAGACUCGUGACGCUAGCGUACCUUUUUUUUUACUAGCACAUAGCAAUACAAAUAAUACCAAAUAAAUAUAAAAAAAAUUCAAUAA